AUGUUCCUCCUCCUCCUCAUCUUCCCAUUCCUCUUCCUCAUUCUCAAACCCACAUCAAAAUCCAAAUCCCAAAUCCAUCCACCAUCACCAGCAUCCCUCCCUUUCAUCGGUCACCUCCAUCUUCUUCUCCCCAUCCCCUACCGUGCUCUUCACUCCCUCUCCCUCAUCCAUGGCCCUAUCAUGCUUCUCCAACUCGGCCAAAUCCCCACUCUCAUCCUCUCCUCCUCCUCCGCCGUCCGCUCCAUGACCAAAUCCCACGACAUUGCCUUCUCCAGCCGUCCCAAUCUCAAAGUCCCUCGCCAGCUAGUCUACAACUCCAAGAACAUCUCCUUCUCCCCCUACGGCCCUUACUGGCGCCAAUCCCGCAAACUUUCCGUCCUCCACCUCCUUAGUACUAAACGCGUUCUCUCUUUCCGUCCCAUUCAGAACUCCGAGCUCUCCAUCAUGCUCUCUCACAUCUCUAACCACUCUCCCUCCGGCCCCAUCAAUCUCAGCGAAACCAUCAACUUCUUCACCACUAACAUCCUCUGCAAGGUCGCCCUCGGUCGAUCCAUCAUUGAAGAAAGCCAGUGCCGCAUGCUCCAUGACUCUGUUUGUCAGGCCACCAAACUGAUCGGCUCUUUCAAUAUUGACGAUUACUUCCCUUCUCUCAAAUGGUUGAAUAUGUUCAGCAGUUUGGAUUCCAAGAUUGCUGAAAUUUUCAAGAACUUAGAUGGGUUUAUUACCAGUGUUAUUGAUGAUCAUUUGGUUGCUGGUGUUAGAGAUAAAGAUGAUGAUAACGCUGAUUUGGUUGAUAUUCUUCUUUCUCUUCAGAGGGAUCCCUUGUCUGGGGAGUUCUCCCCCACCACGGAUGAAGUUAAAGCUAUCAUUCUGAAUAUGUUUGCGGCUGGAACAACUACUUCGUAUAUAUUCUUAGAGUGGGCUAUGUCAGAACUUAUUCGAAAUCCAAAAGUAAUGAAUAAGUUGAAAGAAGAGGCAAAAUUAGCAAGUGAAAAGAGUUCAAUGGUGGUCGAGGAAAAUGUGAAUAAGAUGUCAUACUUGAAGGCAGUAGUGAAAGAAGUGUUGAGACUUCAUCCUCCUAUUCCUUUGCUACUUCCUCGUGAAACUAUUGAAAACACUGAGUUACAAGGCUAUAAAAUUCCAGCAAAAACAAGAGUACUCAUUAAUGGAUGGGCGAUAGGAAGGGAUCCAAAAUUUUGGAAUGCUCCAAAAGAGUUUAUACCAGAAAGAUUUGUGAAUAAUGAGUUAGAUUUUCGAGGUCAAGAUUUUGAGUUUAUUCCAUUUGGUGUUGGUCGGAGAAUUUGUCCAGGAAUGCACUUUGCUGUAGCCACAAUUGAGUUUGCUCUUGCAAAUCUUGUGCAUCAGUUUGAUUGGGAAAUGCCGAAUGGAUUGAGUGCUGAAGAUUUAAACAUGGAUGAAGCUCAAGGACUUAUAAUGCAUAGGAAACAUCCUCUAGUUUUGGUUGCAAAGAAGGUGAAUUGAGGUUGUUGUUAGUUGUCAAGUGCCAUGAUAAUAAGAUACCUCUUUGAUAAUGGCUAGGGGUUGUUGCAUGUAUUUGAUAAUAUAAUAA